AUGGCGAAUUGCAAAGACGACAUUAGGAAUCAGAAGUUUUGGCGAGCGCUCGUUGGUGAAUUUAUCGGUACUCUUUUCAUAGUGUUUUUUGGCAUAGGAUCAUCGAUAAGUUGGAAUCCACCACAUACACCAAGUGUAGUACAAAUUUCUUUGUGUUCUGGGCUGACAGUUGCCACUAUGAUACAGUGCUUUGUACACGUUAGCGGAGCGCACUUCAAUCCAGCAAUAACUUGCACCUUUCUCGUAACAAGACAAAUCAGUGUUCUGCGGGCGUUUCUCUACUUGGUCAGCCAACUUAUCGGCGCGAUUGCUGGUGCUGGAUUGAUUUAUGCCGUUACCCCAGCCGGUGUCCGGGGAGGGCUCGGAACGACUUCACUCGGCGCCGGCGUUACCGCCGAGCAAGGAUUCGCCAUCGAAUAUAUGAUAACGUUUGUGCUGUUGUUCACAUUAUGUGCUACCAUCGAUCCGAAAAGAACAGAUUUACAAGGUUCCGGUCCCCUUGCAGUUGGUUUAUCUGUUGUUAUUGGCGUUUUGUUUGCGGUAGGCGUCACGCAUGACAUCACGUCUGCAAAGUUACCCUAUCUUUCACAUUGA